CAGGAAGUGAAGGGGGAGGAGGCAAGGUCCUCCAUGGCUGAAUUCCCUCCCUCCCUCCCGCAUCCCUUCCUGCUUGCUUCUCUCCUUUGCAAAAGCUUCCUUGGUGCCCCUCCUGGAAUCCGGGUCCAGUGUGCUUUGAAGACCUAGCUGUUCCUUUCACAGACGAGGCCUGGGCGUUGCUGGAUCCUGACCAGAGAGCUCUGCAGAAGGAAGUCAAGGAGGAGAAGUGUGGGAUCCUGGCCUCUCUGGACCCUGCAGCUUGUUUUGGCUCCUCCUCAGGAAGGACGAAAGAGACGGAUCCUGCAAAGCUAGCGAGGAUGGAAGGGGGAAGAUGGACGGUUGACCUGGUGAGGUUGCCUCCUGCAUCCCUCCCCACAACCUCUGAGCGUUCCCUCCCAGGGACCUGCGAGAGAUCUGGACCCUGCAGCUUCUUUGGGCUCCCUGACUCCUCAGGAAGGAUGAAAGAGACGGAUCCUGCAAAGCUAGCGAGGAUGGAAGGGGGUCGAUGGACGGUUGACCUGGUGAGGUUGUCUCUUGCAUCCCUCCCCACAACAUCUGAGCGUUCCCUCCCUGGGACCUGCGAGAGAUCUGGACCCUGCAGCUUCUUUGGGCUCCCUGACUCCUCAGGAAGGAUGAAAGAGACGGAUCCUGCAAAGCUAGCGAGGAUGGAAGGGGGUCGAUGGACGGUUGACCUGGUGAGGUUGUCUCUUGCAUCCCUCCCCACAACAUCUGAGCGUUCCCUCCCUGGGACCUGCGAGAGAUCUGAUGGUGAUGAAUUGGAAGGGAAGAACCAGGGGGACCACAACAGAAUCCGUAUAGUAGGGAAGUCAAAUAAAUAUUCAGAGUGUGGAGAGAACAUCGGUCAGAGCUCCCAGUCCACGUCCCAUCAAAGAAAGAGCUUCAUUCGGAGGGGUAGCUUUAAUUCACACAAAAGAAAUCACAGUGGAGAGAAAUUGUAUCAGUGUUUGGAAUGUGGAAAGAGCUUCACUAAUAGCUCCCAUCUCACUUCCCAUCAAAGAAUUCAUACAGGGGAGAAACCUUUUCAAUGUGUUGAGUGUGGUAAGAGCUUUCGUCACAGCCACCAUCUCAAUAGCCAUCACAGAAUUCAUACGGGGGAGAAACCCUAUCAGUGCGUGAAAUGUGGGAAAAGCUUCAAUCAUAAGAAUCAUCUCGCUUCCCAUCAAAGAAUUCAUACGGGGGAGAAACCCUAUCGGUGCUUCAAAUGUGGAAAGCGCUUCAGUCAGAGUUCCAAUCUCACUUCGCAUCAAAGAACCCAUACAGGGGAGAAACCAUAUCAAUGCCUGGAAUGUGGAAAUAGCUUCAGUGACAGGCUGAGUCUCACUUCGCAUCAGAGAAUUCAUACAGGGGAGAAACCCUACCAGUGCUUGGAAUGUGGAAAGCGCUUCAGGCAAAGCUCACAUCUCGCUUCCCAUCGCAGAAUUCAUACAGGGGAGAAACCCUAUCGGUGCUUCGAAUGCGGAAAGAGCUUUAGUCGCAGCCACCAUCUCACUUCCCAUCACAGAAUUCAUACAGGGGAGAAACCAUAUCAGUGCUUCGAAUGUGGGAAGAGCUUCAGGCAAAGCUUGAGUCUCAAGAUCCACCAAAGAAUUCAUACAGGGGAGAAACCAUAUCAGUGCUUGGAAUGUGGGAAGAGCUUCAGUGUCAGGCACAGUCUCACUUCCCAUCAAAGAAUUCAUACAGAUGGAAAACCAAAAAAGAAAAGCAAUAAAGCAAAAACUAUUAAACAAAGAAUUCAUACAGGGGAGACACCAUAUCAAUGCUUGGAAUGUGGAAAGAGCUUCAAUCUGAAGGAAAGUCUGACUUCCCAUCUAAGAAUUCAUACAGAGGGAAAACCAAAAAGGAAAAGUAAUAAAGAAAAAAAUUAUUAAACAACCCUUACAAAACACCAUUGUAUAGAAAAAAGGUGAAGAAUAACUAAAAAUACCCUUUAUGACAUUUGUAUCAUAUAUAUCAUAUCAUUCAUCAACCCAUAGAAAGCCAGGCUCCCCCACCUCUCUCCUGGGUGCCCCCUCUUCUCCCCGUCUCCCACCCUGGGAGAUCCUUCCUUCCCUCAGUUCCUUGUAGGUCCCUCCAACUCUCCUCUUCCAAUGUGUGUCCUCCUUAAUUCAAAAUAAAGGAAUCUUAAUAUAGAAAACAAACAAAAAGUAGAUGAAAUGGAAACUCCCGUCUCCAUCUGAAAAUCAUCUGUUGCAACAUUUAUUCAGAAUAUGCACUCCAGAAUAAUCCCAGCUGUAUUUCAUAUCCAGCCUUUUCCCUCCCCUUCAGCAAUAUGACAUUUCCCUCCCUACCACAGCCUUCGAAUCUUAACCACUCAGACAGUGCAAUAUGACUCUCAUAAUGAUCGUCUCAUAAUCCAAAUUAGUAUUUCUCCAGUUUCUCCAUCCACUUUCUAUAAAGCCUUUUAAACCAUUUCAACAAAUUUCAACCAAAUCACAAUCCAAAAUUAUUGUCUCUUUGAAUGUUCAUCCAUUCACGCUUCCUCUUCUUUCUUCAUUUCCUAAUCUUUAGAUAUUUUAAUCCACAGAGGAUGGGGAAGAAGGCAUCUUAAUUCCCUUUCCUCAGAGUUUCCCUCAUACAAGAGUGUAGAUUGCCUUGUUAACAGUUUCAGGAGUUGCAUUUAACCCCCUUUUGCUGGCUGUACAUUUUUCUCUGCCGAUCAUUCCCACACCAGCUCAGUCCAACCUCAUCCUUCCAUGGAGCUCUUUCUCUCUCCUCCUGUUCUUCCCUCGCCUGCUCAACACAACCUUCUGCCUCUCCCAGAGACUCCUUUCCAACAACUCCCAGCUUAGGACCCACACAUUCCCCUUGUCCCUUUUUAGGGACCCGUCUGUUGAAGAUUCAUUCCCAGUGUCUGCAGUCAUGGGAUUGUUGUCUAUCAUAUGACAGUGUUUGUUUUUCAUUCCACAGUGUGGGAAGUGAUGGAGACAGGAUGUUUGUGAUACUGUGUUCCGUGAAGUGGGACUAUAGUCCUUUGUUCUUUCUCUUUGCUGUCUGAUGCUAGAGAGAGAGGGAGCCAUGUUGCAGUGCUCCGAGUGUAUCAUAUGUAAAUAAAAGUAGAUUAGCCAAAAUGCUGAGUUGCUGAGGUCUGUUACGCAAACUGCGAAGACUCUGCAGAUCCCUAAGUGUGCUGAUGUCUCCAAGGCAUCAGUCACUGUGAUGUUCGUGUUGGAGAAAGCUUUUGAAGCUCCCGAUCGAUCAACCAGGAGGGAGAGAACAUGCCAGUCGGGCAUGUGUCUUUACCAAGGUCCUGCUCAUGUUUAGGACGCUCCUGUAACAAUGGUUAUGCGCCCAGGGAUCGGGACCACAGACCCAGUGCCAGUAGGGCUGGUAUUUGUCCCCGUUGGGGUUUCCUGGAACCAGCAGCUUCAAGCAAGCCUCUUCAGAGACGGAAGAGAAAAAGCAAGUGCGUGGAGACUCUGUGAGUAUGCUGAGCUGCCUAAAAGUGAAAGUAAAAGGCAGGCUGGGCUGUUUUGUGCCAACACUAGCAGCUUGCGCAGAUUUAUGGCUGUCUGAUAAGGACAGUAAGAGUUCCAGCUUGAACUAAGCUGCGGAAUGGAUCCCAUUCCCUAAGUUUACAUGGAGGGAACUGGGAAGAAAAUGUUCCAUCCCCUGAGUUCCAUCCCCUGAGUUAGGGAGAUGCGAUGUGCCUUUCCCCGUUUGCCAGGAGCCUACAUGGGACCCCUUCUCCUUCUGAAGGGACUUCCGAGGAGGAAGCCAGGGCGGAUCAGUCCCUGGACCUUGGAGUUGAUUCCCAGACUCAUCUGGAAGUGCCAUAUAAGGUUCCUUUCCCCAUUUGCCAGGAGCCUAUUUGGGGUUCCUCCUUCCACACCCCAAGAUUCUUCCAAGGCCUUGGGGAAGGAAACUGAGGCAGGCUCUGCUUGCUCCCCAGGGCCCUGCAGGGGAUUCAGGGGGGGGGAUCUGUCUCUUCCUCUGGCCAUUGCAGCCCCCAGGAAGCCUUGGAAGAAAGGCAGGAGACUCUCAGCAGAGAGCAGCCAAGUCCGGUUCUUCUCCAAAAUGGCUUCCUCUUCUGAGAGCGCCCUCUCUUUCUUGUCUGGGCUGGGCUGGGAGGACCCCAGUUCAGCCAGUUCCCCCAGUGUCCCCCCACUGGGCUCCAGUGGCCCCGAGAGACCUGCAGGGAUCCUGAGUGGGAGCAGCUUCUCCUGUUGAAUUGCCACCUGAGGGGGAAGGAACAAGCAAGGGCUGUCCAGAAAGGGCUCCUGGGACCCCAAGUUCGGGGUCCAGAAGGGAAGUCUCCAGCCUGGUCUUUCCCCUAUUCCUGAAGGUGGAGCCCUUCUCCUAGCGCUGACUCUUGGGGUGACCAAGGAAGCUGGUCCGGGGGUCAAACUCCCCUGAGGGAACCCUCCACCUCAGAUGAGAUGAAGCCAUUAUUAUUAUUAUUAUUAUUAUUAUUAUUAUUAUCCUUCUCAUUCUCCUUCUUGGGCCUCCGAGACAGAGAGGGCCUUUCCUUCCUGGCCCCCUUCGCCUGUCCUGGCCCAGAACCUGGUGGAUCCCCCAAGGCUGCUUGCCUGGCAUCUCCCAAUGGAGAGAGAGGCCUCCUCUGUCGGGCCAUCAUGGCAGGAAGGCUGCUGAGGACCCAAAGGUGCCGCCCUCCUUCAGCCGGGAGGAGAGAGAGACCCCAAGAAUGUGGGGCCCACGGGGCCCACAGGGGAGCCAUGGCGUCUCUGGGAGCGGCUGAGGCCUCCGGAAGAAACAACAUGGCGUUCCCGCCUAUUUCGAAAAAAGGCGGGAAACACUGCCGUCUGGCCCUGCUGCCUCCGUGGGCUCCUCCUGGGCCUGCCUGGCCGGGGGGGAAUCUAGCUACCCCCCAAAUAAUGGGGGGGAGGAAGAGGAGGAAGGCGAAAUGAAGGAGAAGCUGG